GAAUGCGCAGCCAUGACUUGGUCCCCGCCCUGAUUUCUUUAAAUACCCACCACCACCACCCCAGUGAAUAUACGGGGAUGUGCUGACAUUAAUCGGUAUUGUUUUUAACAACGUAUAACAUUAGUUCUUGUUUAACUUGUAACAUGGAGCUGGACCGGCGGCUGUUGCUGGCCCACUGUACGGCUCACGCCCUGUCGAUCGUAGCGGGCUUACUGGUUGUCGUCCCCAUGGCUCUCAACGGCUCCGCUUUCAAAGGCCGCUGCGCACUCUUCUCCAUCGGCUACUGGAGGACAGAGGACCGGGAAGAGCUCACGGGACAGCCGGAAGACCUAUCUCACCUGGUGGUACAGCAGUGGGGCCCACCGGCUGCCUGCCAAUUCGCCACAUUUGUCGGUAUUUUCACGGUGCUGUACGGUGCAGCGCAGGGUUGGAGGUGCCUCUUCUAUCUGCACGGACGUCAUGAUGACACCCUGUUUUCGUCCUUCCUGACGGUGCUGCUGAGCGUGUGUGUGCUCUUCCUGUCUGGAGGGGCCAGUGUUAUCUUGUCUCUGGGACUCGUCUCCUGGUGUGACACAGUGACUGAUCACGACACACGGCCAUACAGCUGUUCAGAGUCCCAGUCUGUUCCACUUUACCUGGAUGUGGACACCUCCUCUUUCUACAAUGAGCUCAGUCUGGCACAGGCGUCUCUCUGGGGAGUGACGGCUCUGUGGCUGGCUCAGUCCAUCCUGGCUUUCCUGCGGCUUUACCACUCUCACAGCCAGCACAUCAGCAGGCCGCGUGGCCCCCGAGAGAAGGAGCUGCUGCUAGGACACAGUCCAUCUGAGAACGGCUCCCCAACACCUCCACAUCCUCCAACAACACCCACCAUCAUUGUCUAACUGAGAGUGUCAGGUAGUGAUACAAGAUGAUACAAUUAACUCUGCUGUAUAAAUUGUGUUUUAAACCUCAUUUUUUCCCCAUAUCACUAUUAAUAAUACCCACAUGGUCUACAGUUCUUACUACUGCAUGUAGAAUAUGGGCAUGAAAGAUUUUAUUUUGAUAUAAUUCAUCUUCUUAUAAAAGAAGACCCUGACCGAUAAAUGGUAUAAGCGUGUAUGU